AAAUUUUCUUUUUCUUUUUUCUUUCCCCGUAUAUUCAGAAUAUACAACGAUUUAUUUAAACACUUUAUUUUUUUUCCAUGCAUAUAAAUUUGGUGUUUGUUUGCAUUUCAUUUGCAAUCAAUCAGUGUGAAAAAAAAUAUGACAAAAUUAAAUCUUGCUGGUCAACAAUUUCGUGUUGGAUUCAAUGUUGGUGUACCAUUUUUACGUAUGUCUGGUUGGAAUGAAACCAAUCAUAGCUAUAAAAAUAUUGAUGGAAUUGAUUCAUGGAUAUUACGAAUAUUAAUGGAAUAUUAUAAUAUUACAUUUCAAUUGAAUAAUUGUUAUGGACAAUAUGGAAUAAAAAAUGAAAAUGGAACAUCAUGGACAGGUUUAAUCGGUAAAAUUGUACGUAAUGAAAUUGAUAUAGGUAUUGGUGGUGUUAUGUUAUCACAAGAACGAUAUGAUUCGAUCAAUUUUUUACAUUCAUAUUGGAUAACACAUUAUACAUUUGCAACAACCAAAUCAACAUAUGAUACAAAUUUAUUUAAAUUUUUACAACCAUUCCAGAUGGAAAUUUGGUAUUGUUUAAUUAUUCUAUUAUUAUCUACAUGGAUUAUUGAUCAAAUUUUCAAAUAUUUUAUUCGAAGUAAUUCAAAUUUAAUUAUCAUUACAUUAAUGUUAUUAAUACAACGACCAUAUCGUAAACGAAAUCUAAAUUCAUCGGAUAAAUUAUGGAUAUUUAUAUUUUCAAUCAUAAGUUUAAUAAUUGUUAAUCAUUAUUCGGGUAAUCUUGGUUCAAUGCUUACCAUACGUGAUAUGAUUGAAAUUAAUAGUAUUGAUCAAUUAGCUGAUGAAUGUCAACAACGUAAAAUUAUACCAUUAGUUUUGAAAAAUAGUAUCGGUAUGAAAUUUUUACAACAAAUUUCUCAUACAGAUAAUCAUUUAAAUAAGAUUCGAAAUUCAUUACAAUCAAUUAAUAAUUAUAAAGAAGGAAUGGAUUUGAUUACAACAAACAAUAAACAAAAAAGAUUAGCAUUGAUUGGUGAUCGUGAAAGAUUAUUAUUUGGACAAUUACGUUUUGGUUAUUAUCUACCACCGGAACAAGAACAAACAUUCUUUUUUUCAUCAUAUUUUUCAAUGGCUAUUCGUUUAAAAUUUGAAUAUCGUAAACAAUUUGAUAUUGUUUUAUUAAUACUAAAAGAAAGUGGUUUUAUAAAUCAUUGGCGUAAUAAGGAAAUCCAUUUAGCUAAAUUACAAUAUUGGCAACAAUCAAAAACAAAAUUUGAUGAUGAUGAUGAUGAUGAUAAUAAUGAAAAAUAUCACGCGGAAAAUUAUCAAAAUAAUAAUAAUCAUCGUAUUCAUUUUAUAUCAUAUACAAUUGAUGAUUUUUCCAUUAUAUUCAAUGUUUAUUGGUUAGGAAUAUUAUUGGCCAUGUUUAUAUUUAUUGUUGAAAUAUUUAAAUAUGUUUAUUAUUAUUGUCGGAAAAACAUAAUCUUUUUGGAAUAUUGAAUGAAACU